GAUGACUUUCAGGGUUGUUCGGGAGGCCAGUUGAAGCCAGCCUGGACUGCCUGGGGAGGACUGGUAUCUGUGCGCAGCCCGAAGCCUUACGCACCACCUGGGACGGGCGUCCUCGACGGAUGGGAACGGUUGGUCAGAAGAGCAAGAGGUAAUGAUAAUGAUACGUUCGAAGAUGUCCCAGUUUUCUCACUGUUCCGCGCGGUCUUUCAAAUAGAGAGCUGCUAGAUACUCCUGAACCCCUGGAAGCGCAUCCUGAGCCAAUCGCAUCAAUGCAUCAGUCUCGUCCUGGUUUAUGACGUUCCAUUCUUCGUCCGCCCGAAAAGGCAAAGGGCCCCGAGGCCGCCGAGGGCGGCCACGCGCAGGAGGCGGAGCAGGCCGAUGCCGCGGCCGAGGCCGGCGGCGCGGACCACGCGCCGCACGGCGACCUCACGCCCGGCAUGCUCGUCCGGCUCUCCGGCUUCGGCUCCGCCGGCAUGAACGGCGUGGUCGGCCGCCUCGGGAUGUACUCCCAGGCCCGGGGUCUCUGGCAGGUCUUCUUCCCGCAGGCGAGCGGCGCAAAGGCCGUGCGGCCCGAGAACCUGCGGCUGCUGGAGGAGCCCAGCGGGGCGCCCGAGCUUCCCGAGGAGGGCCCGCCGCCCGAGAAGAAGCCGAGGCUGGAGGAGCCCGCAGAGCUGGACGGCGGCGAGGUUCGGCUGGCCGAUGAGGCGGCCGGGCCGCUGGCCGCCUGCGAGGCGUCGGAGGAGCCCGAGGGGCCCUCGCCGAGCAAGCGGGCCCGCACGGGCGAGCGCGGCGAGCACAUCUCGCGGGGGGGAGGUAAAGACCUGCUGAGUGGGUUCGGGCUGUCGCCUGCAUGGAUGACAGUCGCAGCAUCAUGAGCUGCUCCGCGGAGCUCUUGCCGAAGAGGCCGCCUCUUCGAGGAAUCGACACGCGGACUGCUCGGUGGCGCUCCCGUGAUCAGGCCCAGCCAGCUGGCUGGCUCAGCCGUAAUGCGCCCUUGGGCAACGAAAGCGCAUUUCUACCCCCACCUGGCCUCCUUCCUUCCAGGGUGGUGAUUGGGGUGCUCUUUUGCUCCCUUGCGCCCGCGUGCAUCGCUCCCGCCGCCGACAAAUUCGACGCCUCGGGUUCAGGAGUCAGG